UUGCAUUAAAUAAAUCUGCCUCCAAACUGUCUCCCUCCAAUCCCAGGCUUCCAUAGCACUCUAUCUCUAUCCGAGCUAUCAGAUAACAGUACACUUUGCUCGCCGGAAAACUCCUCUCCGACCUCCGCCAUGGAAGGUAAAUCGCCGGCUGCUACUGGACUUCACUCUAUCCGCUGUAGAGCUGCUGUUUGCCGGAAGCCUGGUGAGCCACUAGUGAUUGAGGAGAUUUUUGUGGCGCCGCCAAUGGCUCGUGAWGUUCGAAUUCGGAUAAUAUGCACUUCUUUGUGUCACAGCGAUAUCACGUUCUGGAAGAUGAAGGAUUUUCCGGGGAUUGUUCCUAGAAUUCUUGGCCACGAAGCUAUCGGAGUGGUGGAGAGUGUAGGAAAGGAUGUUCAUGAAGUUAAGGAAGGAGAUACUGUUAUCCCUAUAUUCAUGGCUGAUUGUGGAGAGUGUGCAGAUUGCUUAUCAGAUAAGAGCAAUCUCUGCUCUAAACUCCCUUUCCGGAUAGUUCCGGGGAUGCCACGCUGUGGGACCAGCAGAUUCACAGAUCUUAAUGGAGAGGUUCUUCAUCAUUUUCUGUUUGUAUCAAGCUUCAGUGAAUACACAGUGGUAGAUAUCGCCAAUGUACUAAAAGUAGAUCCUGAAAUCCCUCCAAACAGGGCAUGCCUCCUUAGUUGUGGGGUAUCAACAGGGGUUGGUGCGGCGUGGAGAACAGCAAAUGUGGAGAAGGGAUCCACUGUUGCCAUAUUUGGACUAGGGUCCAUAGGUUUAGCUGUUGCUGAAGGAGCAAGACUAUGCGGAGCAAGCAGAAUUAUUGGGAUAGAUAUCAACCAAGAUAAAUUUGAAAGUGCGAAAAAGUUUGGAGUAACGGAGUUUGUUAAUUCUGGAAGUCUCGAGGAUAAAUCUGUGAGUCAGGUAAUUAUUGAAAUGACUGGUGGGGGUGCGGACUAUUGCUUUGAAUGUGUUGGAAUGGCUUCCAUAGUUCAAGAAGCAUUUGCAAGCUGCAGACAGGGUUGGGGAAAAACAAUCGUGUUAGGAGUGGACAAACCGGGCACAGUUUUGAGUUUAAGCUCCUAUGAUUUUCUUUUUUAUGGGAAGACUGUCAUGGGAUCGUUGUUUGGAGGACUAAAGCCCAAAUCAGAUGUUCCCACUCUCAUUAAAUGGUACACAGAUAAGAAACUUGAGCUGGAUAAAUUUGUUACACACGAAGUAGUAUUCGAAGACAUCAAUGAAGCUUUUAAUUUGCUAAUUGAAGGAAAGAGCUUGAGAUGUGUGAUUUGGAUGAACAAAUGAGCAAGCUUCACCCCAUCUUGUAAUUGGUUUGGCGUCGUUCUUUAUCACUGCACUGUGCUGAUCAUACCUUAUGAUCGACCUUAAUGGUACAAAUAAAAACUUUACUCCUAUGGACCUCAGCUUGUACUUUGAACGUUCAACCUUUCUUAUUCACUAUCACAAAUCUCUCUUUAGAUUAAAAACUAGAUUCCUAAAUCUAUUGGAGAGGAGGUUUUUUUU